AAAAGGAGAAAAAAAAAGGGGGGUCCAGUAGGCUUAGUAAACAUUUCUGGAAAUGAUAAUGCAAUUUAGAUGAGGGCAUUGGGUCUCUACCGUCAACAUGACACUAGAAUGACUAGAUGUUGUAUCAUCGAAAACUGAAAACGUAAUUUGCCAAGAGCUAGAGGUUGCUCUGAGAGGAAACAGAGAAGUUGUAGAAUUUUUCAUGCUUGCAUUUUUGCGAUUGGAGAACAUAGUAGAAUUCCAAUUCAAAACUCGCUGAUCAAAUUUUAAGCGAGUACAUAUCUAUAUCUAAUUUUCUUUCAGUUUCACGGGGUUCUACCUCCUGAUAGAAUGAAGUCUUGAAUUAUGCGAUUAGACUACUUGGAGUUUGUUUACGAACGUUAAAUAGGACUCAUGGUUAGAUCCAAUUUCUCACAUAGCGAUAUUAUUUCCUGAAUUAAAGAAAGAUUUCAUCUAUUAUUAGCCCAGCAUGUGCUAAAAAGGUUUGUGGAAAAAAUUUGUUUAAGUGGGUGUGGUUAUUCAGAAUUGAUCCUUCAGAUCGAAAAAAUCAUCAUGGCUUUAGCCAGAACAAAGUCAUCACAGACAACUUACAGUUGUCCUUUCUGUGAAUACAAAAGUAAGGUAAAAGGAAGCUUUGAAUCACAUCUGCAUCAGGAGACUGGCUACAAGACGUUUCUUUGUGCAUUCUGUUCUGAAGAUUUUAUAAAGGAAGUUGAACUUUCAGAUCAUUUUCAGAAAACUCACUGUAAUCAGAAGGUCUCGUUUACACGUAGAACCAUGCCGGAAAUCGAAGAAUGGAUCAAGCGCUUGAUAGAUUUUCAAAGCAGUAAAAGCUACGUGUCACUUCACAGAUACCCCAACAAAUCUUCAAGUGAAAGUGCUGUUGACAGGUAUUUCUGUUCUAUUUGUAAACGGUAUAAAAGGGACAUUGUAACUCUGAAGCGACACAUUUUUAGUCACUUACAGUAUCGACCUUACAAGUGCAUACAUUGCUCAUUUCAAGCAGUUUCAGCAUCUGGUGUAAGAGUACACACACGAGAUACCCACAGAAAAGAGGAAAAUGAUUUUAAGGUGGUCAGUAUAACUCGGAUUGACGAUUUUGUGGAAGAAAUCGUUAAUUAUCAACGACCAUCUCAUUUUACAAAAACAAAGGAGAAAAGCAAUGAAGUACGUGAUGUCCCAGCAAGCGAAAAACUGGGAAAGAAACGUAAGGAAAUUCAAGUUAAGAGUAUACGUCCCAGCAAAAAUAUAGUUCUAAAGACAGUUUCACAAUUAGGAAAAUCUGUUGAUACUUUGAAGGUCAGAAUCAUGAAAAACAAGUCUAACACGGAUAAUAAUAAUAAAACGUGUAAAAAACAAGUCAAUAAAAAACUGCCCAUCAGAAAAAUGAAGACCUCCAAAAAACCUUCUUUGAAAAUUAAGAUAAAGAAAAAUACACAAAAUCUAUUUGAAAAGGAAAUAUUACCAAAGCUGUCUACCAGUGAACCUUAUAUUUUAGAACAACAUACAAAUAAAAAAAGUACCAAAGAAAAACUUGGAAUAAAUAAAACAUUGAAAAAAUAUGGAGUCAGAAAAGUUACUCUUAGAAAUUACAGCAGAAUGCCAAAAAAUCUGAAACUUAAUGAACAUUUGAUUACAUGCAUUGAGGAAAAAUGCAAAUCACAGUUAUCAGCUGUUAAGUCAGCGCAUCAUGAAGACAAGAAAUACAUUUGUGUGGAGGAAGAGCAAGUCAGUCUGCCUCAGUUAAAAUUUCAAGCCCCACUAUUAAAUACUUCUUCCGAGCAGAAAUUAAACAAUGAAGUAGUUGAAAGUUAUUGCAGCGAACAUGUAUGCGAUAACAAACACUUGCUACCGUUUGAAGGGAACGGGAGAAAUUUUGAAUCUCAUUGUAUAGCAGACCACGAUUAUACUAUGUUUCCUGAAAAUAAGGUUAUGGAAAACAAGUUCUCUUCUCAGAAAUUCACAGCUGAAACAAAUGUGGAGGAAGAGAAUUUACAAAAGAGACUGGAAGAGACGGGAAAAAUGUACGAAGAAACGUUCAUUACAGAACAACUAGAAUUAAUGGAUGACUAUGUACUUCUGGAUAAACAAAGUGAUUUAUGUGGGGAACAAGUAAAUAAGGUCGAGAAAAUUGAAAGAAGAGGAUUUAAUGAGAAACAAAACAUGUCUGGAGAAAUAAUCCAGGUAUAUAUUCGAAAACUGAAACAAAAGACUGAUGAAAAUCAUGAAACAAAGAAUGACAACGAAGAAUGGAAGAAACAGUUAUUUGAGAAGGAAUACUCUAAAGCUUCAAAUCUAUUAAAAGAAUUAAAUUAUAAAAGAUCGAAACUUUUCUUAGAAAAGUUAAAUGAGGAAAAUGAAAAAACAAAAUUUCAAAAUAAUUAUGAGGAAGCUUUCCAUACUUCACAGCUAGAAAAAGAUUAUUUGAAAAAUGUGAAAGGAAAUGAAGAAAGUUGUGGAAUGCACACUCAGUUUUUAUGUGAAGAAUCAAAAGAAGUGAGAAAACUGGAAAAUGAACUUCUUGCAAAAUCCAAAUCUCCCAAACUUUUAACAAAAGAGCACAGUUUUGAUACCAAUCAUAAUCUAGAUUUGAUUGGUAAAAUAAAUAAGAGUUUCGGGAAAAAAACUGGUAAAACAUGUGAUAAAGACAGCUCAUGUUGUAAAGAAAAAACCGAAGAACAUCAAGAAUUAAUGCAACAGUUAAAUGAACCAGAAGACGAGAAGGAAGGUGAAACAUAUCCACUUUCUGAGAAAGAUCAAGAAAAAGAAUACCAAUAUGAGAUAAUACCUGAAAAAAAUGAAGAGAUCAUUGAUUCUGAAAGUAAAUUUGAAAACAGUCAAGAAAAUGUUUUACAGUUUAAUGGGAAACAGUGGAAAGGCUUUAAAGAUGAAGUCAAACAGAAGAUUGAUAAUAGGCUAAAAGAUGCUGUGAAGUUACACGUAGAAGAGGCGUAUAUGGAUAAUCAAGAAACUAUAAAACAGGCAGUUAGACAGCAAAUAAACAAUAAAGAGGAUAUCACUUGUCAGAAUGAAAAGGGAACAUUUUCUCAAGAACCAGGGAAAGAGUGUAGAGGUGAAAGCUCAAUAUGCAAAAAUUAUCUGAAGUUUGAAAACCGUAAGCAAAAGGAAAAAGAACAACAGCCAGGGAAGAAGAUCAAAAAUUCUGAAGAAACCACAAAGCAGGCUGAUAGUCAUCAAAUAGUUGAAAAUGAAGGAAUUACUUUUAAACAUGAACCGGGAAAAUUACAUGAAGAAAACCUUGAAAACUUCAUAAAAGUUGAGGAUAAAAAAGAAAAUAUGCAAAUACGUAUGGCACAGAAAACAAGUUGGAACAAAUUGAGACAUUCAUACAAAAGAGAUAAGGGGGUAAAUUUAAUGGGAGAGUCAGAUAAAGAUAUUAACACCUCAACACAUCAAGAUGGAACAUCUAAAGUAAAAGAUUUGUUUCUACUGAAUAAUGAAAACUCACUAAACAAUCAGAAUUGUGAGUCCAAGGAGAUAGACUUGAAUAUGAUUUACCUGGAGUUGCAAAAUGAAUUUAAAGAUAAGACUGAAGAGUAUUAUUACAAUACAACACAGAGGCAAAAAGUUAAGAAGGUACAGGACGAUCAGCUCACUAUUGAUGGAAAGAAAUCUGACCACCAUUAUCAGAAAUUAAAGAAACGAAAAGUUGUUGCUUGUCAAGAUAGAUUUAAAAACAAAAUAAAAAAGUUAGAUUGUUCUAUCCAGGAAGUGCCUGUGAACUGCCAUAGGAAAUUGAAACAUAACAGUGAGCAGAUUGUAAUGCAUGGUAGAAGAUUGGAGAACUCGGGAACCCCAAAAAUUGAAAAUCGAAUUAGAUUCUGGGAGAACGAUAAGAAGAAGAAUUCAGCUGAAGUAAAUGACAAAUCGAGUGACCGGGUUCUGUAUACAAACAGGUCUGAAGUAAAGUAUAGCAAGUGCAAAAGUCGUCGGAAGAAAACAAAAAAUGAAAAACGGAUUGAUUCAUUUGAAAAAUUAUUAUGUGGUCCUGUCCAUGGUGCUGGUAGUUUCACAAGUAAUUCUGAGGUAAAGGAUUCAAAACUUAUGAAGCAAAAAAAAUCUUUAGUGAAUCUGUGAAUGUGAAAUUUCCCUUAAAAAAUGUUCCAACUCGAAGCAAGAGAAACAGAAAACCUCCUCAGUGUUUAUGUUGUUCCCAUUCUCCUCAAGAAAACUCGGUGAAAUCAUUUAAAAGUAGUCAAAGUCCAGCAU